CCGCCUCCGCCACUGCCGCCCCAGGCCAGCACCGCCGCACGAUGGACAGACCUUGUGCCGCCUCCACACUGCCAACGAUGUCCCCGAUUCACCGGGACCCUCAACAAGGACGACGAGGACGACUCGUGUCCUGUGAUCUGCGAGCGGGAGAUGCGCAGUUUGCAUCGCAACGUGCCGGCUCUCAGGCGCAGGGACAUGGACACGUCGACCAUCCGACAACACUACUACCCCGAGGGUGGCUGGGGCUGGAUUGUGUGCGGGGUAGGCUUCCUGGUGCACCUCCUGACCUCGGGGAUGCAACUCAGCUUCGGUCUUCUAUACCUGUACACGCUGCGCCAUCUGGGGGACGCGGCCCCCAUGGACGCAGCGUGGCUGGGGGCCCUGUGCCUCGCCGUCUCCAUGGCGACGGCCCCGCUCGUGGUGGCCCUCUGUCGCCGCAAGUCCACGCGCCUCACCGCUGUCUUCGGGGGCCUCGUGAUGGCCCUGGCCUGUCUCUUCACGUCGUUCGCACAGCAGCUGCACCAAGUCCUGCUCAGCUACGGCUUGGUGCUGGGGGUCGGUACUGGGAUGGCACGCGAGACGUCCAGCCUGAUGCUGGGGCACUAUUUCAAACGACGCCGAGAGUUCGUAGAGAUGGUGGUGCAGUCGGGCACCGGCGUCGGCAUCGCCCUAUUCUCCGUGUUGUACAAGGAGGCAGUGGGGAAGUUGGGCUGGCGACUCGGCCUGCAAGCGGUGACUGGCGUCGUCGCACUGAGCUUUUUCCUCGGUGUCUUGUACCGCUCGGCGUCGCUGUACCAUCCGCAGCGCCGCGCCAUCCUCCACCUCAAGAAUCAGCGAAAGAAAGUGAAAGAGAAGAAGGGGAGUGUCGCGGUGACCCACAAAUCGCCUUUUCUAGACUUCUCGCCCCUGCGGAUCCGCGCCGUGCAGAUGCUGCUGCUGGCUUCGGCGACGGCGGCCCUCGGCCUGUACACUCCCGUGUUCUACCUCGCGCUGCAGAGCCGGAGGGAGGGCCUGGAGGAUAGCGCCCUGGUACUCAUGCAGACGUUCCUGGGCUUUGCGACUACUCUGGGCUGCGUGGGCUUCGGGCUGGUCGUGGCGCGUCCCAGCGACCAGUGUCUCAUCUCCAGACAGUACUUGUGCCAGGCUGCGAUGGUGGGCGUCGGCGUGUCUCUGCUGGCUUUGAGCACGGUGCAAGGUUACCAUGGGUACGUUCUGUUCCUCUGGCUGUACGGAGUGUGUCUGGGGGGCUUCCUUUACUCGCUCAAGAUGUUCACAAUGGAGAGAGUCAGGGCGCGGUACUUCACCCGUGCCUGGGGCUUCGUCCAAGGCGCCGAGGCCAUACCCGUGCUACUGGGUGUACCAAUCACAGGCUACAUCAACCAGAGCCAUCCGAAGGCUGGCUACUACUUCUCAUUCUUGUCAACGAUGCUCGGAGCGGCGCUGUUGUUCCUUGUGGGCUGUCCUAAGCGUCCGGAGGUGCCCGUCGACAUCGCUCCGUGCUCCUGUACUUCUGUGUCGCCCGCCAGGCUCCACAUGCCCAAAAGCAUUUCUUUCGCCACAACCCUGGACCUCCCCCUCGGCUGCAUCUCGGAGGAGGCUCUGCCCGACAGUCUCAUGUUGGGCUACGACUUUCGGCCACUUCGACCCAGCAAGAGCGUACCGGAAGGCCUCGCCACGCGCCACGAAUGGCGCCAGUGUCACCGACCUUCCGUGCGACAAGUGACGGUAAUAGAACAAAUGACUACGUCCGUGUGACGUCACGCUGAUCUGUCUCUCUCGGAAUCGUAGACCUUAUGCAGUGACAGUGCAGUGUUUGUUGAAACUAAGUUGGUAAGACUUUAAUGUAUCGUCUUAUAAACUUAGAGAAUAUACUUUCAGAUCGACACAUCUCCCUGUACGCUCAAUGUUACGUGAAGUUUAAAACAGUUCCAGACAACAUCGCACGGAUGUCAGCCCCCAACCUCUGUCACCUGUAAUAACUUUGUUAUUCUUUCUUGUGUAAAAACGCAGUUUUAGUAAAUUUGUUAUUUACAAUCA